CGAGGCGGGUCGCGCUUCACUCGGAGAAUGGCCGCGGCCGCAGCGUGCGGCUCCCCGCCUCCCCGCGACCCGCCGCCGCCGCGGAAGCGGGGUGACUCCCGGCGGCGGCAGGCCGCCCUCUUCUUCCUCAACAACAUCUCCCUGGACGGCCGCCCGCCUUGCCCGCCCACCGAGAAACCGCCGCCCGCUGGCCCGGGCGAUGGGGAGGAGGCGGCGGAGCCGGUCGGAGCCCCCCCGCGCUUGCUGUCCCCGCUGCCCGCCUGCCAGCCGCCGCCCGCUCUGCUGCUGCCCGGCGUCCCCCCCGCCCUCGCCGCCGCCGCCGGAGCCAAAGGGGAGGCGGACCCCCACCGCGGGGGCAUCUUCCUGCCGCAGCUGCUGCUGGGCGGCCCGCUCUGCCCGCCGCCCCCGGCGCCGCCCGCUUUACCGGGGAUGCUGGCGGCCGCCAAGCCGGGGGCCCCGGGGCUGCUGAGCCCCACGCAGGGCGCGGCGGGCGGCGGCUUCGCGCUGGAGGCGCAGCGGCAGAGAAGGCGUUUUAUCUCCCAGCGCUGCUCUCUAGACUUUUUAGAAGACAUAGUGGAAUAUGCCAGUGUACGAAGAACCAAGCAUAUAUCUGGGUCCCCAAGACACAAAAGUUUGAAGAAGAUGCACUUCAUCAAGAACAUGAGGCAGUAUGACACCAAGAACAGCAGGAUAGUGUUAAUCUGUGCGAAACGAACACUCUGUGUGGCUUUUUCUAUCCUACCUUACGGGGAAAGUUUACGGAUCAGUGAUAUAAAAAUGGAGGGACAGAAGCAACGACAUCCUUCUGGAGGAGUUUCAGUCUCCACUGAGAUGGUGCUUGGACUGGAAGGAGUAGAGCUGGGUGCUGAUGGCAAGGUUGUGUCCUAUGCAAAAUUCCUGUAUCCGACCAAUGCCCUCGUCGUUCGCAAAGCCGACAGCCAUAGUGCUGUCCCCUCGUGUCGAGCCAGUGCUUCACGGAGUCUUCCUGGAUCAAGAUAUAAACCUGUGACAGCAAAAACGAUACCAGCACCAACAGACAUUGGAAGUGAAGCUGGGGAAACCGCAGAGUAUGAUCCAAACCUUUUGGAUGAUCCUCAAUGGCCCUGUGGAAAACACAAACGUGUGCUCAUCUUUGCCUCUUACAUGACUACAGUCAUAGAAUACGUGAAACCCUCGGACCUUAAAAAGGAUAUGAAUGAAACUUUUAGAGAGAAGUUUCCUCAUAUCAAGUUGACACUGAGCAAAAUUAGGAGUUUAAAGAGAGAGAUGCGGAACCUGAGUGAAGAGUGCAAUCUGGAGCCAGUCACUGUCUCCAUGGCUUAUGUUUACUUUGAGAAGCUCGUCCUCCAAGGCAAACUCAACAAACAGAACCGCAAACUGUGUGCUGGUGCUUGCGUUCUGCUUGCAGCCAAGAUCAGCAGUGAUCUCAGGAAACAUGAAGUUAAACACCUUAUAGAUAAACUAGAAGAGAGAUUCCGAUUCAACAGAAGAGAUCUCAUUGGUUUUGAAUUCACCGUCCUUGUAGCUUUGGAACUGGCGCUCUAUCUUCCUGAAAACCAAGUUUUACCUCAUUACAGACGGCUCACGCAACAGUCUUAACCAAAGCUACGCUCCAGCUGAGAGCCAGUGGUGCUGGGGAUCGCAUCACUGACCGCUGCUGGUGACGUUGCCACUGGCCAUUCUGUGCCGCUAUGUGCAUCCUGCCGUGGCUACAGCUAGUUUUGAAGUCCACAGUGUGUUAUUAAACUGUCGAGGUGCGCAUUAUGGACACGUAUGCCAAGUCUGGGGGAUGGUACGAGAAGAGUUACUGAACUUUAUUUUCUUUUGGACGUUUAAAGCACAAAUAUUCACCAGUCAGCUGUCAUGGCUGCUUAUUAUUCCUUAUUUAUCUUUCAGUUUUACUAAAACUGUUCUUCCCUAUGAAGAAUACUAUGGUAUUGUUUCUUUUUUAUUUUAAGCCUUUAUUGUAUUCCUUGAGACGAAAGGAAGCAUCACUUCCAUUCCAGUGCACCAUAAAGUUCAGAUGUUUCUAAGAAUCUUCUCACAUUUUUACAUUAAUGAAAUGCAUACUUUAUUUUUUUAAAGAUGUGCCUAAAACUGGCUGGUCUGGUACCAGUGCUUUUUAAGUUAGUUAUGUUUAGUGGGUAAUCCUGAAUUUGUAUAGCCAUUUAUUCUUUACCUACAUUGGCCUUGCAUAUAAGGAAAAACAAUUCCAGUAUAUCUGCACUAAUGAUACACAGGGCAUCUAUUCUCUACUAUACUACAGAUCUAUAAGUAGCAAGAUUGAAAUUACUCCGUUCCAAUUUAGUUAGUUAAUACCUUAAGAAUAUACAUUUUAUUUUAAAAAGAAAGAUUGUUUGAAAAUCUGUCAUGAAAUACCACACGUUGAACAAGGUAGCUGCAGCAAAGCCAUUGCCAUCCUAAUUCACUCUUCAGUGGAAGAUGAGCGCUUGACUAGGAGCAAUUUGCUGUCAAAUGCAUCAUUUCUGAUUUUAUUUGUUUCAGUGUUCUGUAGUCUGAAAUAAGCACCUUUUUAGUAUGACUGUGUUAUAUAUGGUCUUAUGUGCUCUGAGCAAAUACUUAAGUCAGUAGAGCUACUGCUGCCAAACUAAGCCAAUGAAACGAAGCAUGCUCGGUAUUUAAAAUGCUACUUUUUUACUCUGUUCUUCCAAGCAUUGCAUCACUGUGACAGUCCUCAUAAAACUGGCAUUUGUUGCACAUCUGAACAGCCACUUAAUGGCUGGUGCCCAGCAGCACUCUAAUGCUUACGCAGAUGUUAAAUAACUUCUGACCAUUGGCUAUUCUUUCAUGUACUUUUUUUUUUUUUUUUUCAAAUAUCCAGGUUAUGAAUGAAUUCUUGAUUAUAUGUGGAACCUUCUGUGAUAGUGGCUCUUGGGUUUAUUUUCUGAAGCAAUAUUAUGAUAAAAGUAACUGUGUCCAUUUGCAAGGAACAAAACUGAUGCUUGGCUAUUAUGACUGAGAAAUUUGUAUUUUAAGUUUGGCUCCUAAAUGAAAUACUAGACCUUGUACUGAGAUAAGGGACCUGCUAUCUGGUAUGUAAAGUAAUGUAAAUUCCUGUUCCUUGUAUUAAAUGUUGGUUGUAGCCAAAAACAAAGCUGAAUCUUUCCUUCUCAGCUGUAUUUUGUCUGAAGCUAAUUUGGCUUCAUUAGAAUUGCAGCAAACUUUACUGGAGCCCCUUCUUCUUUAAGUAGGGCUGAAAAUGUAUUUUUCCUAUAUAGUAAUUACAGUAACUAUAAAAUCUUUUGUAACUGUGUUCAGCUGUAUGUAGCUUCAAGUUAUUUGUGUGAAAUUUUAAUAUGCUUGUGAUUUCUCUCUAACACAGAAGGACUCUCCAGUCUCUGUGAGAUGGUAGCUACUAAAUUAGACAAUAAGCUUGCCAGUUAUCUUCCAAAAAGUUUAAAAAAUUGCAUACUAGUUAAACUUUCUACUGAAUGUAACUGUCCUUCCAUGCAAGAAAUAGUGACGUACUAAACAUCUAACAUGUAAUGAGCCUUCAAAUUAGCAAACAGUGGUGAAGAUGACUGAAGUGGCCCACCACUUCCUAAAGUCAUUAGGAAGGGGCCAGAGGUAGAAUUGAGCAAAUAAUCUUCUUGCAUGGUAUCUCCAGAACUAGUAAAACACUUUGGUUAGUAUUAAUGAAAUCAGAAAAUUUCUUUCUCGGAAAACUUGUUUAGCGUAUAAAGAGCUUUCUGUAACAAAAUUAACUUUCUCACUGCCAAAGGAGGGGGAAAAAAAAUGUGCUUUGCUUUGCAACACUGCAGUCUCUGUUCAGUGGAAGCUCCUCUAGUUGCAGUGGGCAUUUGGGCACUCCUAGAAUCUACGGUUUCAUGUCAUAAACUGGCAAGCUCUUGUUUGUUUGUUUGUUUUCAUUCAGAAUAACAAAUUAGGACAAGGAGCAUUAAAUUACAGAAUGCCGAAUGUUGUCUAAAGGUUACUGUAAACCUUGGCUUGGGCACACACAGUACGCACGAGCUCGAAAGCUGUUCGGAGCACAGGCCAAAAACAGCGCAGUUGUUGAAUGCUGCGACAAUGUCUCUGGUGGAGCGCAGGUUUGGGGCUGAUGCUGUCGGAUAAUUUUGUUGUGGUAUCUGUGCAGAAACAGCCCUCCUGAAGAGAUACGGUAACUCGUGUAUGUGUGUUUAAUUUUUUUUUUUUUUUAAUCGCUUCUAGAGUGUAGCUUGCAGUCCUGUGUGGGAGUAUCUAUCUUUUCACCUAAAAGCUGCCACCAUGUGGCAAAGGACUCUUACUACGUGAUCCAUUAACAAACUGAAAGUGGGACCCAAACUAUAAUGAAUGCCUGCUUUACAUUUUCACAGCCCAACUCCUCUUGCUUUGAAGAGAAACGCCGGGUUAUGCCGAGGGGUGGUCUAGCGCUGUGUGCCGAGUAAAGAUGCUGCUGGAGUAACUCAGCACGGAGAACUCUUGGGUUUUUUGUUUUGUUUUUUGUUUGUUUUUUUCAGAAGAGGCUGUACAGUUUUAUGUAAACAAUACUGUCUUACGCCAUUAUUUAAAAGACAAGUUGUAGCCUGUUCCAUUUCUCCCCCCCCCCCAUGAACUUG